GUUUUUUUUUUUUUUAAUUUUGCAUUCAAGGGAAACUUGGCCUCAGUAUACGGGGGAAAUUUACUAUUGAUUUAGGAAGGAAUGAUUUUUGGAGGAAAUGAGAAAAGAAAUGGUAAAAGUAAGGCAAGGGAAAGUAAAGAAAAGGAGUGUGGUUUCUGUACUGUAUUGGCCUGUCCCCCACACCCAACACAGUUCUCUCUCUCUCUCUCUCUCACCAAAAGGGGCACUAGCACAUUGGCUUUUUCUGCCUUUUGUUUCUGUGCACUUGCUAUUCAAUUGUCUAUGUCUUCCGCUUCUGCUCCCUCUUCUCAGAACUGCAAAUGGGGGAGGAAUCAUACUUUGAAUUUCUUGUUAUUAUUUGAUUCCUUCACUUUUCUUCUCAUCUUUUAGCCUUCUCCUCUCCCCUCCUCUCCUCUCCUCUCCUCGCCUCUUCUGGGUAUCCCUCCAAACAUGACUUUCUUCUUGCUUCCUGUUCCAAUUUCUCUCCUCUUCUUCCUUCGUGGGCACACCCUUUAAAUAUCAUGUAACUCUGCCCAUGAUUUGACUUCGUUUCCAAUUUUCUAUUGCUCGUUUUUUCCUCUUGCUUUAAGGAUACUCUUCAAGAGCCACUUGAUUGCUGCCUUCCUAACUUUAAUUUUGCUUCCUCAUUGCUUUUCUCUUUCUUUUCUGGUUGGUGGUUGGUUUUACUGUUUUAAUUGGUGCUUCUUUACUGAUAGAGUGGCACGCCCUGGGGUUUUCAUGGACAUUGAUCUGAACCAUGCGGUGACGGAGGUGGAGAAGAAUGCAUGCGAAAAUGGCGGCUGCUUCUCCUCUUCAACUUCCUCCUACUCUUCCAAUAACUCCUCAUCAGCUGCUUCUUCUUCAACUUAUAUGGAGCUUUGGCAUGCUUGUGCUGGCCCUCUCACCACCAUGCCCAAGAAAGGGAAUGUGGUUGUCUAUUUCCCACAAGGUCAUUUGGAACAGGCUGCCUCUUCCUUGCCUUUCCCACCCAUGGAAAUGCCUAAUUUUGAUCUCCAACCCCAAAUCUUCUGCAGGGUUGCGGAUGUUCAACUUCUGGCUAAUAAGGACAGUGAUGAGGUGUAUACGCAACUGACUCUUCUUCCUCUAUCAAAGUUGGAAGUUAUAAGUUUAGAGAGAAAGGGCCAUGGCGAGUUGGGACUGGAUGAGGGGGGUGUGACACCCACAAAAACACCACACAUGUUCUGCAAGACACUUACAGCCUCGGACACAAGCACCCAUGGCGGAUUCUCUGUUCCUCGCCGAGCUGCUGAAGACUGUUUCCCUAGGCUGGACUACAAACAGCAAAGACCUUCUCAAGAGCUUGUUGCGAGGGACUUGCAUGGAGUGGAAUGGAGGUUUCGCCACAUUUACAGGGGUCAGCCACGUCGGCACCUCCUCACUACCGGAUGGAGUAUUUUUGUGAGCCAAAAGAAUCUUGCUACUGGUGACGCCGUUCUUUUCUUGAGGGGCGAAGGUGGGGAACUGAGGUUGGGAAUUAGAAGAGCUGUUCGACCAAAAAAUGGCCUUCCUGAUUCAAUCCUUGGUAACCAUAGCUAUCAGAAUGUUCUUGCUCUGGUGACCGAAGCUGUAUCAACAAAAAGCACAUUUCAUGUUUUCUAUAGCCCAAGGGCCAGUCAUGCAGACUUUGUUGUACCCUAUCAAAAAUACAUAAAAAGCUUCACCAAUCAGAUACCUAUUGGUACCAGAUUCAAAAUGAAAUUCGAUGCAGACGAUUCUCCUGAGAGAAGGUGCAGUGGUGUAGUGAUUGGAAUAUCUGAUUUGGAUCCCUACAGGUGGCCUAACUCCAAAUGGAGAUGCUUGAUGGUAAGAUGGGAUGAAGAUAUUGUAAGUGAUAAUCAAGACCGAGUUUCUCCAUGGGAGAUUGAUCCUUCUGUUUCUCUCCCACCGUUGAGCAUCCAGUCCUCACCAAAGCUAAAGAAACUGCGGACAGGUCCGCAGGCAACCCCACCUGAUAACCCCAUUGCUGGAAUGGGUGGGUUAUUGGACUUUGAGGAGUCUGUAAGAUCCUCUAAGGUCUUGCAAGGUCAAGAAAAUACAGGUUUAUUAUCACCUCUCCGUGGGCGUGAUAAAGUUAACCACUCACUGGAUUUUGAUAUGCAAUCUUUUGCACGUCAAAGUCUUGCAUCAGCUGGAAAAGGGAAGGCAAAUUUUAUUGAGGUUAUGAAGAGCCAGCAUCCGACAACUUAUAGUACAGACUUUAUGGAAUCCAGUCAAUUUCCAAAGGUCUUGGAAGGCCAAGAAAUAUGCUCAUUGAGAUCCCUGGCAGGGAAAACCAAUUUCAACCUUAAUGCUUGGGCAAGGCCCGACCUUAGUUGCAACUUUUUCAAUAUUUUUCAGAGACCCAAGCCUAAUUUCUAUCCUCUAGGUUCUGAAGGCAUCAGAAAUGUCUACUUUCCUUACAAUGACAUCUACAAAGCUGGACAAGAUCCUAUGAUACUUUCUCACAUGACAAACUUCCCAAGUGAGAGCGUUCCAUUUAUUGGGUCUCCAAUUCAAAAUGGGGUUCUUAGGGAUGAAAUAAGGAAGCCAAAUCUUCCAAAUGAGCCAUCACAUGGGAAGAUAGCUGGUAUUCCUGCUUCAGAGGCAAAUUUUAAAAGCACAAAAGAUGACAUGUCGAAUGGCACUUUGGCUGGUUGUAAAUUAUUUGGUUUUUCCUUAACUGGAGAAACUCCUAUGCCAAACAUGCAAAGUGCCAAUAAGCGGAGCUGUACAAAGGUGCACAAACAAGGCAACUUGGUGGGAAGGGCGAUUGAUCUUUCAAGAUUAAGUAGUUAUAAUGAUCUUCUGAUUGAGCUGGAGAGACUCUUCAGUAUGGAAGGCCUUCUACGAGAUCCUGAGAAGGGAUGGCGGAUCUUGUAUACUGACAGUGAGAAUGACAUGAUGGUUGUCGGGGAUGAUCCAUGGCCUGAGUUCUGCAAUGUGGUGUCCAAGAUCCAUAUCUACACCCAAGAAGAAGUGGAGAAAAUGACAAUUGGAAUGAUCAGUGAUGACACUCAAAGUUGUUUGGAGGAAGCACCUGGAGGACUGGAUGUGUCGAAGUCCUCGUCUGUCGGCCAGCCGGAUUCUCCUUCAACUGUAAUUCCGAUCUGAGGUUGGACUUGUAUUAUGUUUGCUUAUAGGUUCAACUUUUGCACCCUUGCCUCUUGUUUAAGUACAUCCUUUUCAGUUUAAGUGCAACCCUAUUUGCAACUUUGUUCCCUUCUCCGUGGAACAUGUUAGUCAUCAAGACUAGUAAACUUCUGUUUCCUUUAUCAUUGUAAUGUAAUAAUAUACCAGUGAACUUCUUCCUAUAAGCAUUCUGUCAAGUAUUCGUUUACAGAUGGUUGGCAUUCAUGUGCGUUUUUUGA